GAUGGCGGCCAAGACCAGAGAGCUGCGAGUAUAGAAAGAAAGAAAUAACCGGGACAUGCAGGACUAGAGCAGAGAGAAGCAGGAAAAUCCCCGGAUUGGACCGUAAACAAGCAGCACGGAGGACAGAGUGAGGUUUAGGACGGAACACCGAGACGCUGUUUGGAGACAGAUCCAGCUCUUUCCGGGGACGAGGACGGAAGGCUGCACUGAACCCUGUGUCUAAUAAAGCUCACAGGACUGGAGGACGGAGCUGGGAACUACAUCCUCAGCAGGCCUGUCUUCGUGGUGGACGUCUCUAACGGCCACCCAGGAGAAGCCAUGGAGGAUUAAAUCACGUGUUCUGCUGAGGACUCACUCAGUCUUUUCCCGGAGCUCAAAGCGGCACAAAUUUUCCCAAGUGAUUAACUUAUCUCUCCUAAAAGGAAGCGCUCUGAUAAAGGUCGCAGGCAAUUAAUGUUUUUCCACUGAGGGCCUGAAAAAGAAAGAACAGACCCAGCAGCGACCCUUUGGAGGGUCUCUGAGAACCUGGAGGAGAAAACGGCUGCAGUGGCUGAAAGGAUGGGAAAUAAAAACAGCAGCCCGAAUAAAGGUCCUGAACCCGGAGAGACUCAAAGAGAAGAAGGGCUGUUCAUUGAUAGCACCAAAGAUGGAGCUAUUGAAGCCACAGCUGGCACCCUUUCAGGUCCUACCACUCUGGGUCAGAGUGGACCUGAGAACAAUGACAAUUAAGGGGUUGUUCCACCUUCCCCAAAGCCCACAGGGAGUGUCUUCAGAGAUGCGAUGCCGGGUCUCAGUCCGGAGCUGCUGGCCUCGCUGCAGACCCUUGGAGAGAACAGCGACUACACACUGCUGCCACACUCUCUGCACCAGAUUGCAGAGGCCUUCUCACUCAAAGAGGACUACCAGUGGGCCAUCCAGUUCCUACAGCUAGAGAAGCUCUACCACGAACGUCUGCUGUCCAACCUCGCCGCCCUGCAGGAGAACUGGGAGAGCCAGCUGAAGGAGAGGAAGGACAGUGAGAACAGUGUGUCUGAUGAACCAGAUACCAUCAGUCAGAAACACAUCGAAACGCUGAGUCAGAUGUGCAGAACACACCUCAGACCAUCCAUCAGCAUGGAUCCGAACAAGCUGAACACGAUGCUGAAGGACCUUCAGACCAAGAACGAGACGCUACAGAAAGCCAACAAGCCCGAAACAACAAACCUGGAUGAAGAAAAAGAGCAAAGCCUGAACUCAGAGACUUUCCAUGAGGAUGAGGAUGGAGGAGAGGAGGAGACAUAUGAGGAAGGACAGGAAGUAGAGGAGGAGGAGGAGGAGCACUGUGAGGAUACUCCAGAGGAGGAGGAGGUGAAGGUGGAGUGGCCGACAGGAGUCCCUCAGGCCUCAGACAAGGACCUGGCCAAACUGUCGCACUCAGAGGAGAACUCCUCCCCAGACGGUUUGGUCUCCAUUCUGAAGAGGAGGAGAGCGUCGUUGGAUGGUUUACCUCCUCCCAGCACUACUGUGACCAAACAGAACUCCAAACGCAAAGUUCGCUUCAGUGAACCAGACGACGGCAUCGAGCAAGAUGAGGUGGGUGGAGACUCCUGCCUCAUCCUGCUGCUGCUGUGUCUGGUGACGGUGGUGAUCAGCGUGGGAGGCACCGCCCUCUACUGCACCCUGGUGGACACCUACUCCAACAUCUGCACCGACUUCACCCACAACGUCGACUUCUAUGUCAUGAACGUACGGAGGUUCCUCGAAGGCCUCGGACGCUGGCUGCCCCUCCGGACUUAAGAUGCUCUGUUUCACCUGCGUUCAAGACAAGACAAGAGCUGCUUCAGACGUCUGAGCUGACGGACGGAUUCUGAUGCUGCCGUCCAGAGAUUAAAGGAUCUAUGCUCUGAAAACAGCUUGCAUCAGAUGGACUCUACGGUUUCUGUACCACUAAACGGGUGCUUAAAGCGACACCAAACACUAAAAACUGUCAGAAGUUCUUCACCUCAGAAGACAAACGUGUGCAUGUUGUGUGAUGUGAAGAACUUGUUUACUACUGUCAGUGUGGACGUUCAGACACCACACCAGAGGGCUCACAACCAUCAGCUAUAUUUAUACUGAACCAGAAGAUGUAGUUAAUCUGUGUAGCCGUGUUUUCCUCCCAGGUGUAGCAGCUGUAACUGUGGAAGAGUCUGUCUUAUUGAAGCUUUCCUGUUUUAGACUUCUAUACGAAUCAAUAUGAUCAUACAUGUGUGACGGUUUUAUAAUGAUUAAUGGACCAAUGAUGAGUUUUCUUCACCUCACUUUUAAUUUUAUCUUCCCAUUAUCUCUCAGUGUACGCUUAUCACACACAGGAGAGCUGAACAGAAGGGCAACCAUGAAGUUCAUCUCCAAUUCUGAUAGAUGAUUAAUCAAUUUGCGUGACUUUUGGUUUCUUUACUCUUCUAGGACAAUCAACCCAUUAACCCUCAUGUCAUCCUGUGGGUCAAACUGACCCAUUUUGAAGUUUGAAAAUGUGGGAAAAAAAUAUAUAUUUUCACAGUGAAACUUCUGAUGUCCACAUUUUCAACAUUUUCAAGAAAUCUUUGAACAUUUGUUGGUGGAAAAAAGAAAUGUUAAAAAAAAAUGUUUCUUAAGAACAUUCACAUAAAAACCAACCAAAAUCCAGCAAAUUUCACUGGAUUUUGGUUGAUUUUUAUGUGAAUGUUCUUAAAGAAAAUAUUAGAAGUUUUACUGAUAUAUAUGGAAUCACUUUAGAUAUUUUUAGGAUUUUUUUUGAAGAUUUUUACUCAUUUUUUGAAAAUAUUUACAAGAAUUUUCUUGCCAAAUUUGGGGGAAUUUUUAAAAUAAAACUUUCAAGGGAAACUUUUAAGGAAUUAUUGGAAUUUUCUUCCUGAAGGUUUUGCAAAUUUUCAGAAAUUUGGUGAUUUUUUUUGCUGAAUUUUUGGAUUUUUUUUAGACAAGGAAACAAUAUUUUUUUGGUGCCCGUAAAUGAGGACAACAGGAGCGUUAAUUGAGUUCAUUAUUCGAAGAUGAAAACAAUCAUGAGUUGCCAGUAUUUCACAUUUUUAAAAAGCACAACAGCACAAAGACUUUAUCAUUUUGUAUAAACACUGAUUCCUGAUAUAGACAAGCCUUUUAGGAUCCUUUUACUAAAAAUUAUGCUUUCAUAACUGCACAUUUACCUCAGUACAGGUGGUAACUCUAAACAUUCCUCUCUUCAGAUUAAUGUUAAAUACAAGCGCAAUCAUGUGUUUGACAUUUAGUGCUCUAUUAAAUGAAGAUGCCGUAGCAUUUUACAGACGACACACAUCCAACCUACAGCUAAACACUGUAAAGUUAUCAUUAGUAUGCAAUAGAGUGAUUCACAGCCGCUCCACAGACUCAGGCACUUCCUGCUGUUCAGUGUUUUCAUGUUCAUCCUCUCACGUCACCCUGAAGUUUCUGUUCUACUGCAGGAUUUAUGAUUAACCCUUUCAUUACUACAGAUAUACAGUGAUAGUAAAAGAAACAACAUUCACUUAGAUUGGAUGGAUGGAUGGAUGGAUGGAUGGAUGGAUGGACAGUUGGAAAGAUGAUGGAUGAAUGGAUAAAUAGAUUCCCAAGGGAAAUUCAAAAGAAGAAAAUAUCUAUCUAUCUAUCUAUCUAUCUAUCUAUCUAUCUAUCUAUCUAUCUAUCUAUCUAUCUAUCUAUCUAUCUAUCUAUCUAUCCAUCCAUCCAUCCAUCCAUCCAUCCAUCCAUCCAUCCAUCCAUCCAUCCAUCCAUCCAUAAAUUCACACACAAUCUAAGUGAAUGAAUUGAACAUCAGAUCACUUUCUGAAGCUUUAUGGAGCAGUGGUUGUGUUUUCUGGCUGGUUCAUGAACACAACAGAAAACUGGAAUCACUACAUAUCAUUAGAUGGAGAAAAUGAAAUCUGACCAGCAUGUUCCUUUAUCCGUUUCUUACUUUGUGCUUCAGGUCUUUCUCUCCUCCUGAACUCCAGAUGUUUGCGAAGUGACAGAUGUUCCCUCUGUGUUGUCGCUGUGGAUGCUGUUUAUGAGUGUUGCAUUAUGCAAUCCACCUUUCUAGGUUUCAAUAUUUAUGUUAAUUUGUGUCCACAAGGGAAUACCAAAAUCUAUUAAAUAAGAAACGUUUGCA